AUGUUUGACAAGUCUGUAUGCUUCUACCGUCUUUACCACCAUCGUAGUUCCUCGGUACCCCUCCCGCCUCUCUCCCUGGUGGACGAGCCCCCCCCGGUAUCCCCCCUCCCUCCUCCCGGUCCCGCCCCCUCAGACUGCUGCCGACACCGUGACCCCUCGCCGCUCCGCACGCUUGGCAGUCCCUCCUGUUUUUCCACCUCGACCGUCUUCACCACCUCUGCAGACUGUGGUGCUGCUGGAGGAGGUGACAAUGGGGGUGCGGACUCUGGGGGUGCUGGCUCUGGGGGUGCUGCGAGUCCUACGGGUGCAGGGGGUGCUGGAGGUUUUGCGGUUGGAGGUGCUGGUGGUGCUGGUGCACGUCGACAGGAGACUCUCUCGCCGGAGCGGCUUCGCGAGUGGGUUGUCCGUUGGGGCAGCCCUCGUUGUGGAGCUAGCCGUGCUAGAGCUGGAGGUGCUAGCGGUGGAGGUGCUGGAGGUACUGGGGCUAUUGGUGCUGGAGGUGCUGGAGCUGCUGGUGCUGGAGGUGCUCAUAUUGGUGUUCCUGGAGUUGACCGUGCUGGAGGCGGUGGUUCUACUGGAGGUACCAGAGGUACUGGUUCUGUGAGUGCUGUUGCGGGUGCUCCUGUCUCGCGUCGACAGGAGCCUCUCUCGCCGGAGCAGCUUCGAGAGUGGGCUGUCCGGUGGGGCAGCCCCAGUGGCGGAGCUGGACGUGCUGGGCUGGAGGUACUGGAGAUACUGGCCCUGUAG